CGUAUAAUCUAGUGGACGGGACGCUUCUUCAACAACAACAGCUAGUCAGACACCUCGGUAGCUUUCUAGCAAACACAGCUACAACAUUCACCCGCUUUACACUGUUUUGGUGUAUAUUAGUCGCUGUGUAUUAAACACACUUCUGUCGUAUGUACUUGUUAGCCCAUUUAAUUAUAUGUUUACGUUGUUUGUCAGCUAGCUGGUUUGCUAAGUUAGCUUAGAACUAAGCUAGUCGCUAAUGCUAGCUAGCUAACAUCUCCGACCAUGAGUUCACUAAGCUACUCUCCUCCUACUAAAGAAGAGGUCUGCUGGAUGGAGAAAGAAGCUCUCGUUAAAGAGGAAGAGAAAGAUGUUACAAUACAAAAACAAGUAGAGGGUGAGGCUGUUACCGUGAAAGAAGAAGAGAAAGACGUUACAGUGAAAGAAGAGGAAGACGCGUUCAGAGUGAAAGAGGAGGAGGAUGUUACAAUAAAAGAAGAUGAGGAAGAGAAAGAGGAGAGAGCAGUUUUUGGAGUGAAAGAGGAGGCGGGGGAGAUGACUGUCACAUUGAAAGAGGAGAAGGAGGAAGAAGAGGAGGUUGGAGAUCUGUUUAACACCAGUAGCUAGCUACCAGCCAUGGAGGAGGGUGAAAGGAUAGCAGCCCCAACUGUCAGUGAGAGAGGAGGCUAUUCUGGAUAGGGAAGGUACUUUUGUGUAGUUCCUGUCCCUAGAAGUGAGGACGGAGAUAAUAGUAACAUAAUAUUCAGUGUGGUGUAAUUUGACUAUAAUGAAGUGUGUUUCUUGUGAGGUU